AUGGCUCUUAUCUCGGAUUUGCUGUCCGCCUCGGCGCAUUUACAAACCUCUAUGCCUAGCGACGAGUACGAACGUCGGAUUCGAGAACUCGUGGAUUACUGCAAACGACUAUCGUCUACCAAGACUCUUGACACUUCGAUUCAUGAGGAAUCAUUUCUCGAUUAUCUCGACCCGUCGAACGAUUCAAUCGCAUAUCUCUUCGUGCUUGGUGUGCAGGUUCAAAGGGCACAGGAGCUCAGCGGCAACAACUGCCCAGCGGAUAUCCGCCCAGGGGGGAAACUGUGGGCGCGCACUGCCCAGUUCCUAACGAGAUUCGACCGCAUCCAAGUUAGGCACAAUGGAAAAGAAUGGCGACAGCUCCUCGAGAUUGUCGCGCAGGCUUCACAGGCAGCAUCAAAGGCAAGUCCGCUAUGA